UACAAUCUCUAACUACAUUAGUAUCUAUUUUUUCUGCUAGAAAAAGUUUGUAAAGGUCUCUUUCUCAUAAAUCAUUCCCGGCUAUCAACACUGAGCCUCCCAAUAUAAACAUAGCAACCAAGCAUUCUCACUACAUACUAUAUCUACUCUGAAUUAACUUCAACGGCUUCUGUCAGCAUUCGUCUAGUGCUAGUUACUACCUCCUGUGUCCUGUAUAUGACUGACCAUACAGUAUCUUCAACCUGCUACACCAAUGGCUACUUUUGACUGUUCCACAAUCAUAAAGAGAGGCUACCUAAUUGACAAGAAAGCAAGUAUAUUGGAGCGUAAGAGGUGGUUUGUACUUAGACACGACUAUGGCCAAGGCUACUGCUUUUUAGAGCAUUACAAGGACGAGAAGACUGCAUUGAAAGGAGACCCUCCUAAAGGAUUCAUCAAUGUCCUUCAGGUCGUUGACAUACGCAAAGCUCAAGACAAGAGGCAAUGCUUUGAGCUCCUUUGCCCGGGGAUUGCUCAUCGCCUGAUGGCAAAUUCUCAAUCGGAAGCUGAUGAGUGGGUCGACUCAAUACGGAAAAUGUGCAUUUAUCAAGGAGAAGAUAGCAAUGGUAAAGCCUUAUCAUUACAAAGACUCAUGCACCAACCAUUAUCUGGUACGAAUACUCCUCUUUCAGGUAGCCCACCAAAACUUCACUCCCAAUCUCCAGCUGCCUCUCGAUCUCUUUCAGUACCGCCCCAGCCUAUUCUUGUCUCUCAGGCUUUGACAGGCAACCCAGUCGCACUCUAUGGGACUGAUAUCCCUCCCGCUCUACCACCUCCCCUCAGCCAAUCUCCCCAGAACACGCAAGGCAUGCUAGGACAUUUGCAGCGUUUGUAUCCGACGCCUCCAGAGAGUGUUGUGACGGUUCCAUAUCCUACGCAUGCUCCUUACCUUCAGAAACAAAACUCACUGGAGAGCAACCACCCGUACCCUUCUCCCCCAUCUAGCGACAGCUCCAGCAUGUACAGUGGAUCCAAUGCAAGCUUUGACAAUGGAAACAAUCUUGAUGAUGAAGAUGGUAACUCAAGAUCGAAAUUCCGAGUUCACGUUAAAGAGAAUGACAAGCUGAAGGUGUCUGGAGCCUGUGAUGUCAUUGUUAGUGAUGAUGGGAUCACACUUCACUCCAUACAAACAGGUCAACCAUUGAUGUCCUGGUCAAUCUCAUCAAUAAGAAGAUACGGAGUCAAUAAUGUUUGCUUUACAUUUGAAACUGGAAGGAACUGCAUAACUGGUGAAGGAAAGUUCUUUUUCUAUUGUCCUCAUAGCAGACACAUGCAUGCUCGUGUUCAUCAAAUUGCUCAGAAGAAGGACAUUCGUCGAAGAGCAUCAGCACCAACUGAGACUCUAUCAUACAUACAAAGACCUCAACAACAAGUCAAUGUCAAUCAGACUCUACCCCCCGGCUUCAUGUAUCGCCCUACAAGCAGCCAGCAAACGAGCAGUGCUGACAACACUCACCCUCAAUACAGCCACAUUGAGCAUACGCUGAGACCCAAUCUAUCUUUGGAACCAUACGGGACGCUAAGCUCAAAAAACAUGGGACUAAGCACUCACCACGUCCAAACCACACAAUCUCACAACCUUCCACUUUCAUCCAUUCACCCGGUCUCUUCGGCUUCGUCUCUAGCGACAGAAAGAGGAGGGGACUAUGAGAAACUUCACCAUGGAGGAUCAAGCACCACUACUUUUGUUCGUUCAAACACUGAGCCACUUUUCAUACAACAACCGCACCCAAACGAGGCACACAUAGAGACACUGGAACCACAGACACCUUGCAAAUACACCACUAUACAACACGUCCAGGAAGAGGGACAGGAAGAGGAUGAAGACGAUUCCCCAUUCUCACCUAUUUACUCCAACAUCACUCAUAUGAGGCUUGGAGGUGAGAAACAGGAAGUGGGUGGAGAUUCGACAGAGCCACGCCCUCCCCCAGUUCCACCUAGACUUAAGAAAACAAAUUCGUCUUGAAUAAUAAUGUAAGAAUGAACUCCAUGCAUUGCAUAAUAUUGUGUUUUUAAUUAUUAUUAACAUUCAUAUUGUAUUUGUAUACAUGUAAUAUAUUAUUUAUAUAAUGCAGACUUUACGAUUAACAUUAAAAACCUAUUAUUAUUAUUGUUAUUAUUAUUAUUAUUAUUUUUUUUUUUAAAUUAUUAUUAUUAUCAUUAUUAUUAUUAUUAAUUUAUUUUAACGCUGCUACACCAUAUAUACUUAAAUAAUUUAUUGUGAUUUUACAUGUCCACAUUCCAGCUCCAACAUUAACUAUUUAUAAAUAUUAAUAUUUACACUGGCACUUAUUAUAACUAAUCAUAAUUUAUAUCAA